AUGAACGCCUACCCUAUCGCUCCUUCGCUCGUGUUUACGGAUAUGUUCCGCAUGGCGGUCGUCCACUUGAUAUUCAACAUCCCACUGAACGUGUUGGACGAGACUGCCGAAGCCGUCAUGCGCGAGGUGACGGAGAACAUCGACGCGGACCCAGUCAAGUUGAGACACACGGUCAACAUCAUCUACGCGAGUGCCAUGGAAGACAGAAACUGGGUAUACGUCGCAGUCAAGCUCCUCAAUUAUCUCUGCCUUCUCAUCCCGGCAACACUUGCCGACCCAAACGUACUCCCAGAUGGCAACAACAAGCCACGCUCUGGCCCGCGCCUCGUCCAGCACUACAUCUACAACCGCUCGCUGGCCGACUUUCAAGCCGACAUGCAGAAAGUCGCAUGGUGCCAACCGCGCAUGUGGCUCCUCGCUGAACUAGCCGACGCAACAUCAUCGCCUCUCCUUAUGUCGCUCAAGACAAAUGUUUGGAUCCUGGACAUGAUGCAUCUGUUCAGCAACCAUAACAUCGACCUGUUUGUCGAGUACGUGGAAUUCGUUGCGCGUGGUCUGGAUGAGAAUCCGAUUACUGAAGCGGAGCUCACGAGGGUUUUGGAGAAAGUACGCGAGCGCACAGUGAACGCGGACGAGGAUUUGAUGUCGAAGAUCAAGGUCGCAGGACUAAUUUCUCUGAGGAAGAACGCCUGGGUUUUGUGA